AUGAGCCUGUCCGAGGAGAGGGAAAGCAGAAGUAGUACAUCAGAACCUGGAGGUCAGGUGGAUGCACUGGCAACUGGGAGGUCAAGAAAAAAAACAAUUCCUGACAUUUAUAUCUGCAAUCUGGCUGUGGCCGAUUUGGUCCACAUCAUUGGGAUGCCUUUUCUUAUUCACCAGUGGGCCCAAGGAGGAGAGUGGGUAUUUGGGGGCCCUCUCUGCACCAUCAUCACAUCUCUGGACACAUGCAACCAGUUUGCCUGUAGUGCCAUCAUGACUGUAAUGAGUGUGGACAGGUACUUGGCUCUUGUCCAACCAUUUCGACUUAGGAGCUGGAGAACAAGGUAUAAGACCAUCUGCAUCAAUUUGGGCCUCUGGGCAGCUUCCUUUAUUUUGGCAUUGCCUGUCUGGCUCUAUUCAAAAGUCAUCAAAUUUAAAGACGGCGUCGAGAGUUGUGCUUUUGAUUUAGCAUCCCCUGACGAUGUACUCUGGUAUACACUUUACUUGACAAUAACAACUUUCUUUUUCCCUUUACCUUUGAUUUUGGUGUGCUAUAUUUUAAUUUUAUGCUAUACUUGGGAGAUGUAUCAGCAAAAUAAGGAUGCUGGAUGUUACAAUCCCAGUAUUCCAAGGCGGAGAGUGAUGAAUCUGACCAAGAUGGUGCUGGUGCUGGUGGCUGUAUUUAUUCUGAGUGCUGCUCCCUAUCAUGUGAUACAACUGGUGAACUUGCAGAUGAAGCAGCCCACUCUGGCCUUCUAUGUGGGCUAUUACCUCUCCAUCUGUCUUAGCUAUACCAGCAGCAGCAUUAACCCUUUCCUCUACAUCCUGUUGAGUGGAAAUUUCCGAAAGCGCCUGCCUCAGAUUCAAAGGAAGGUGACUGAGAGGAAAAUCAACGAUAUGGAAAAUACUCUGAAAUCAAGCUUUUAGGAGAACAUGUGGAUCACUGAGAGUCUAGAUAGGCUUGUCUUUGUUAUUGGAAUUAUUAGAAAAGCAGAUAAGAUAGUGUGUGUGUGCCAUUAUUCUUGUGUACUUGUGACUCAUAGCAUCAUGGAACAGAAUUGUAACCAGCCAUUCCAAUGCAAUGAGUUUAAUGCUAACU